CAAGUACUUGGAGACACAAUAAUCGUUUCACAGCCAACUGUAUCAAGAAUAGUAUUUCGAGUGUCUAUACUUCUAGCAAGGCUUUUGAAGCAAUUUAUAAAGAUGCCUCUUACACCAGAUGCGACAAGAGAAAAUCAAAGGCUUUUUAAAGAUAUAGGACGUGGUGAUGGAGGCAUUGGGUUACCUGGUAUUGAAGGAGCGAUUGAUUGCACACAUGCUGUUAUUGGACCCAGAACAGAAUUUUUAGAUAUUGUCUCAGAAUGGCCAGGAAGCCAGCAUGAUAGUAGAAUUUUCCAAAAUUCUAGAAUAUAUAUGAAAUACGUUGAACGUCAAUUAUCAGGCAUUUUAGUAGGAGAUGCGGGAUAUCCCUGUUUACCAUUCCUUUUAACUCCUAUUCAGAAUCCACAAACAGAUGAAGAAAUCACUUAUAAUAUACUUCACAGAAGAACACGAAUAAUUGUUGAAAGGACAUUUGGAAUAUGGAAGCGUAGAUUUCCGUGUUUGUCUAGAGUAUUGAGCAACAAAUUAAUAUGUUCAACUACAAUUGUAGUUGCUUGUGCUGUGCUACAUAAUCUUUCAUUAAUUUUUAAUGAUGUAUUACCAGAAGAAGAAAUAUUUGAAGAAGUUAAUGAAAUGGAAGAAGUACCAGUUGAUGCACCACAUUGGGAACCAGGAGAAGGUUUUGUGAUGCGAGCAGAACUGAUUGAAAGACUAUUUAGAUAA